AUGAAGAAUCCAUAUCGCGUAAGACUACAAAUUUUAGGAAUCAAAGUAAAUGAUGAAAAGGAAUAUUAUGAAAUUUCAGAAAGCUUUGAAAAUACUUAAAAGGAGUUUUCUUUGAACCAUAAUGGAUAGAGUUUAGGAAUUUAUAUGAAUCGAUUAGAAUAUUAUAUUAGAAACAAUUAUAUGAAAGAAGGAAAAGAAGUAAAAGGAAAAUUGAUUUUUAGUAAUUGAAUUCAUAAUAAUAUUUCAUUUUACAAUUACAUUCUUCGUUAGUUAGUGGAUAAAUCUAAUGUAUUAAUUAUAGAUGAUAAUUUCAUUAAGCUUGAUGGAUAAUUUUUUUAUAAAAAUUAAAAUUCAUGUGAGAUUUUGAUUAUUAGAUUGAAAAUACAAAUAUUUUAUUAAGAAUAAAUUAAAUUUCAAAAUUUUUUUGGAAAGUAUAAAUUUGGAGAAAAAGAAUUUAAAAGAAAACAUUCAGUAAAAAAAAUGAAUUAAGUUAAAAUAAGAAUAAUUUGAAAGACUUUAAAGAAAAAGUUGAUGAACUAAAUAACAUCAUUAAAUUUAGCCUUAAUAUCCUUAAAUAGAUAUUGCUAUAUUGUAAAGUCAUCCUAUCGUAAAUUAAGAGGAGAAACACGUAUCUUUAGUAUGUUAUUAUGAAGACAUUUAUAAUUUUAAAAAGAAGAUAUCUGAUUUGAAUAAAAAAGUUUACAUAUCUUAUUACUUAAGCUAAUAAAGUAAAUUUGAGUUGGGUAUUAAAAUAUAAUCCAAAGAUUAUUCAUAUUAUAUCUCAUGGUGAACAUGAUAAUGAUUAAUUAAAUUAAUAUUUACAAUUUGAAAAUAAUUGUAUGGAUGAUUAAGUAUAUGAUUAGUAAAAGAUAGUGAAGGAUUCUAAAUAGUGAUUAGUUUUUCUAGCUUGUUGGAGAAAUAGCUAAGAGUAUAUAAUAAUAUGCAACUACAAUAACAAUUGAUAAGGAUCUUAAAAUGUUAGAUAAUGCAGGUAUAUUCUAUUUCUAAUGGUUAUAUGAAAAUUUAUUAUCAAAUACAACUUUAUUGGAUAGUUCAAUAAGUAAAAUAAUAAGUUCAGGAUAGACUUGGAGAUAGUAAUAAUUAAUAUGGUUGUAGUCAUUCUCAAAGAAAGGCAUGUAAAGAAUUAUUUGCAUAUUCUGGUUUAUGUUUUUAUCAUUUAGCAGAUUGUAAAUGCCAAGAAUCUAUAUUGAUCUAAGAUUAAUUGUCACAUUUGUGGGGAACAGAUUCAAAUGAAAAAUUUUUAAAAGUUAAUAAUUCUAUUAAAAAUUAAUUAAAAGAUGAAUAAAUUUAAGAAAUUUAUUAAAAAAAUUAAAUGAAUUUUCUGAAAAUGGCAUUCUUAAAGUAUGCUGCUGUGAAUUAGCAGAAAAAAUUAAAGAUAAUGUUAUCUCUUAGAUUUAACAUACAGAAUCAGAAAAAUUUCAAAUAUUUCAAUCUAAUUUUAAUUAAGCCAAAAUUUUUGAAAAUGUUGAGUAAGGUGAUAUGA